UCUUAUUUGUUUGGUUGGUAGUGUUGUGUUAAUAUGGCUGAUAUCUUGUAGUGGAUUUGGGUUUUUUGGGUUUCUAAUAUUUCUAUUUUGCCAGUAAUUUUUAGACCACAUUUCUUAUUUCUAGUUGAAAAUUUAUUUCUCUCUUUGUAUAUGUCUUAGUGAAAACAACGUUUUCUGCAAUAAGUUUGAAUUGAAAGGAAAAUGAGACGGAAAAACAAGCGGCAUGAUACUAAGGCAGCGUCGCCUGAAAAAUCGCCCGAGAAGGCAUCUCGCCGGUCUAGCCGACACUCGAGACGGAGAAGGAACGCGUCAUCCUCGCCGGAAAGGGAGGAAGAUGACAAGGCAGCAGCAGCAGCGGCUACAGCAACGGCAACUGUAGUCAAGGAGUUGAAGCAGACUCGCAGCUCUUCCCCCUCCCCCGUCCUAGUGACUGAGGUAAUAGGCAACAAUGUCUUCUCACUGGCCAACAUUGAAGAACCUAGCUCUAGUAAGAAGCACAGUUCAGCUGUGCUCAACGAAGAAGACAAAUCGGUGGUCAAAUCUGCUGAUAAUGCAGAAAAAGAAAACACUGAAAAGCCCGCUGAAGCAACAACUGAGAAUAAAGAGAAGGGUGACGGUGCUGGUGCUGUUUGGAAAGUGCAGAGUGCAAAUGGUGCUGGAGGUGAAAUACAGAAAUUGAAAAUCUGUCGCUCUUUCUUGUCCAAAGAAAUUUCUUCGCCAAAGAGGAGGGGCAGAUCUCACAGAGACUCGAGUCAGAAAGGCACCGAAGAAAGCAGCGACUGCGACGACCAUUCCCAAUCUGAAGGCAGCGAAUCGAAGAGCAGACACCGAACGAGGACUCGCACAGUGUCGCAGAGCAGUCCGACUCUGCAGGACUCGCCCAAAGUGGUGUGCGACGUGUCCGACGAGAAGCCCACUAAAAUUAAGAUCCACAUCGGCAGCAAGAGUCCCGUCGCCACGCCGCCUGACGUCACUGUAGCCAUGGUCGAGCAAGUUGUCGAGGAAGAGGUCAUUGUUGACUCCCAGCAAGUCGAAGAGGUCGCUACAGAAACUGUGCAGGAGGUGGCUCAGGUGCCGAACGAUACUGAACAGGAGGCUCAACAAACCUCUGAUGAUACAACACUGAAAGCCAGCACUGAGGUUGUCGUCGACGUCCAAAGCAUUCAGAACAUUGAAUUGCCGGCUGAAGCGGCGCCAGUAGAGAAGCCCAACUCACAUACUUCCAGUCCUAGGGCUGAGAAAAAACAAGCGACUGUUAACGAAGACCGCACAACAGAAGAUUCUGACUCCGGGACGAAUAGUGAUGAUGAUCACACUGAUGAUGAAACCAAUGUGAAGAAAAAGAAGAAGAAGAGGAGGAAGAAGGGGAUGAUGUCGUCAGUAUCCAGGCAGAAACCCAUCCCUGAAUCGGAUCAACCCCAAAGGAGGGAAAGCAGCAAAGAAGAGCCUGGAGAGGAAAGGAUAGCCCAGGAAGAGGAAGGAGCAAGGACCACCGCGGAGGAGCAGCACCGGGACCAUGAGGAAUCGGCCAAGGAAACUUCUUCCGUCACUGUGGAUAAGGAAAAUGUUGCCGAAUCUUCAAGAACAUCACCUGCCCCUGCAGAGCCAGUUGCCAAGAAACGACGAUGGGGAGCCAGCAAAUCAAUCAGGCCUGCCAAAAAACCAGUUCUCUGUAUAUCUACUGACUCGUUAAAGAAUCUUAUUCCUGAAGCGAAACCAGUGUCCAUUGAAGAGGUUCGAUUAUCAGUUGAGGAGGAAAAUGAACAUAUUGAAGACAUGGAGGAAGAUCAGUCUGAAGUAAAGAAGGAAUCUCCCAAAGAAGUAAAGAAAAAAGAUCGAAAGAAAGAGAAGGAACGUCUAAAAGAGAAAGAGGAAGAGGAGCUGGAUGAGAAGCCCGACCGUGAUGAGAAACCAGAAAGGCCUUCAACUGAUGGAAUGAAAGUGAAUAGAAGGAUCUGUGUGUUGAGCGAAGAUGACCGGAAGCUGGCGAGGUCGCCGUCGCCGCCCCGCCACCGGCCAUCCGACGUGCUCUUCAUCACCAACCUGGUCCGGCCAUUCACCAUUCCGCAGCUCAAGAACCUGCUCGCAAGAACCGGCAAGAUCGCCGAAAAUGGCUUCUGGAUUGAUAAAAUCAAAUCCAAGUGCUAUGUGCAAUAUUCAGACGUGGAGGAGGCGAUUGAGACGCGACAUGCGCUGCACGGCGUGCGCUGGCCGGUGAGCAAUCCGCGCACUCUGUGCGUAGAGUUUGCGAACCACGACGACAUGGUGGUGGCGCAGGCGGCCGCUGAGCAGGAGGCGAUUCCGCGCAAAACGGAGCCUCUUUUCCACUCUGGCGGCGACCACUCGGUCGAGGGAUGGAUCGCCGAUCAGGCCAGGCUCAAUUCGGACAGGCCGCAACGAAGGGUGAGGGAAUGGGAUGUUGGGAAGCCAGCACACCCGGACGAAGCCCUCGAUCAACUGCACACCCCCAGGCCUGAUUUCGAGGAUCCACGAGAUCGAGAACGCAGGGUUAAGAAAGAAAAAGGUCGUCGAAGUAGAACACCCGAUGCUCAUCAACCAAUAGCGAGAAAACAGAGAAGAAAAGAUGAAGAUGCUCCAGCUAAGCUAUUGGAUGAUCUUUUCAGGAAAACCAAAGUCCAUCCUUGUAUUUAUUGGCUGCCGUUAACUGCCGAACAGAUUGUUGUAAAGGAAGAGAUGCGACGCCAACAUAUGGCUGAGCAUGAGAGACGCAUCGCUGAGAUGAAAAAAGCAGAACAAUCUCGACGUGACAGAGAUAGAAGAGACAGAUCGAGGAAGUAGCGGUUGACAGCUUGAUGAUAGAUUAGAAGCUGCAGUGUUGUUGCAGAAGAGAGACAGGAACCAGUCAGGUGGAACUCAGAUAGCUCUGUCUCCUCGGAGUCAGAAUGGGUAGAGCGGUCAGAUCAGUACUGUCUCCUCGGCAGCUGAACUGACGUAGGAAUUGUUAGAAGAUUCCUGCUGAAUCUUGGGGUAAGAUAGUCCACCUGACCUCCUUCCCUUUUCUGGUUUGUCAUUUUUAUUAUUUUGUUUUUGUUUUUUAUGCAUUUCAUUAGCUUACUCUAUUUAAUAUCAUUGCAAAAAGCAUUGUAUUUUAGAUCCCUUUAUAUAGAAUAACACCAUGUUUUCUUAUAGUUCCACAAUGUUCUAAUAUAUUCUUCCACUCGAUAUAAGCUAUUUAAAACAUUAAUUAUGAUUUCUGUAUUAGGAAAAUUUAUUCAAUAUUUAAAGUAUACUUGCUCCCUUAUGUACAUUUUGUUGUCAGUUAAAUAUCUGGUUAGGGAUAAUUGCAUAAAAUACGUAUAUCAUUAAAUCCCAAAAUGUCCUCCCUUUUUCUAUUCCCAAGGUGAUUCUUGUAAUCAAGUUGUGUCCCAGUUCCAUUUUUCAGGUUGUUACAGCAUUUUCUUUACAGGUUUAGGUUGAAGUGACUUGAGAUUCAUCACUUCACCAUAGCAGCAAGAGAAUACAUUUCUACAUUUUCAUCAUGUUCCUGGGGAUUUCGUCGUUGGGAGAGAAUGUAUGAGAAUUGUCGUUUCUGACAAGAGAUGAUUAUUACUGUUCCAGCUAAAUGAGUGUUACAUCUUGGACCAUUGAAAUGGGAGCAGACAUUUGGAAUUCUUCAUUCAAGUAUUGUGUAUGUGUGACAACGCCGUCUGAUAUGUUUGAUGACAUCGAUUUCUGAAAAAACUGUUACAAUUGAUUUAAAUUGUAGAGCAACUCAGUGAAAUCAUCAGUAAGGACAUGAACGUGACAAGUUUCAAUGUUUGAAACGAACUCAUGAAAUGGAUUUGGAAAUCCAGUACCUUCAGUAUCGAUAAAAAUCUCAAAAUGAGUUUGUCUUGAAUAACAUUGUGAUAUCUGUAAGAAAGAACUUGCCAAUUUCCAUUCGCCGGUCACAUAAAAGUGAUUGAAUUUUUAAAAAAUAUACCUACAUUGUUUAUUGAAGAAACUUGCAAUUUAUAAUUUAAUAAAAAAUCAAAGUUGGCUUAUUUGGCUUAAAA